GAGCUGCGAAUGGAGAAAGUACAAUUAGAGUUAGAAAACCAAGAGAUGGAAAAGAAACUACAAGAAUUCAGAUCAACAAGGAACAAAGAAAAGGAAGAAAAAGAGUCAACUGGAUAUCACUGGAAAUCUGGAAAAUGGGGAAAAUUGGGUAAUCAAUCACACAUGAUGUCACAAAAUAAAGGAAAUGUUAUUAAGCUUUCUGCUGGAAAAGUGAAAUUAAAAUUACUGAAGGAGCAGAUUCAAGAUAANGUGAAACGACCAGUUAAUUAUAAAAGGGCAACUUCUUCUGAAAGUGAAAAACCCAAGAUAAAAGGGAAAGUUUGUGGUCAGUGUGAGAACAAAGCUGCUCUACUGGUAUGCCUUGAAUGUGGAGAAGAUUAUUGUUCAGGCUGCUUUGCUAAAAUUCACCAGAAGGGGGCACUAAAGCUCCACAGAACAACUCUUUUGCAGGCAAAAUCUCAAAUAUUUUCCAGUGUAUUGGAUGUUGCCCAUCGAUUUAUAAAGGAAGUAAAUCCAGAUGAAUCCAAAAGAGAGAAUAAUUCUACAAAAGAGACCAGUAAACGUCAGCAUAAACCCAAAUCUCUACUUCUACAAGGGAGCAGCUCUGAGACAGAAAUUACAACAGCAAAAAGAGCAGAAUGUGCAAAUCCAAGAGAUAGGCCCUUGUGUGAAGGGUCAUUUGAUGAAGAAGCUUCUGCCCGGUCCUCUCAGGAAGUGUUAAAUCAGUGGAGAACUGGAAAUCAUGACAACGAGGAGAAACAGAACUUACAUGCAGCCAAGCCAGACUCAAUGGAAGAAUGUGAAGUACAAACUAAUCUAAAAAUUUGGAGGGAACCACUUCAUAUUGAAUUUAAAGAUGACAGUCUAUCCUAUAUGGAAAAAUUAUGGCUUAAAAAACACAGGAGAACUCCACAAGAGCAACUUCUUAACGUACUACCGGAUAAACUCAUACAUUCGUGUAAAACCACUAGUGAGGCACAAUGUCCUCAGAAUGAAAGUGAUGAAGACAGUGAUGUUGACGAAACCAAAAUACAACACCCAGCUCUUUUCCUGCCAGUAGAAGAAUUAAACACAGAGAGACCUGAACCAUCCGUAAAGAUAGUUGAACUGGAUGAUACUUAUGAAGAGGGAUUUGAAGAACCGGGGAACGCUGUGCCUUACAAAGUUGAAUUAGCCAAUGCAGACAGUCAGCAAAGUUGUCCAUUUUAUAAUUAUCAGAAGAAUAGUUUUCCAUAUGAAAAUGACAUCCAUCAACAUCAUGUUUUCACUAAGGGAAAAAGAGACAUCUUAGAUCUUAGUCUGAGAAACACCUCUACAUAUUGUAAAGAUAACUCAAAAGCAGGAACUUCAAAUACAGAUUUUGACAACCUUGCGGAUACUGAUGUUUAUUCUUCUGACACUGAAAAACUAGGGGGAAGCAGCUUUUUUGAAAGGAAUUUAAAAGAGAUAAGUAUAGAUAUAGAAAGUAAUCAAAAGUCUGAUGAUUCUUGCAUAUCACUUGAGAAUAAGGAUUCUUUGCCAAGUACAGAUUUAGAAAAACCUUCUAUCGAGGAGAAAUUAUCUCAACACAUCAAAGAAUCCUUGGGAUUUAUCAAUAUUCAUGAGAGGCCGAAGUUUGAAGAUUCUAAAGCUACAGAAUCAGCACUGUUGUUACAAGAAAUAGCCCUCAGAAGUAAGCCUAUAACUGAACAAUAUCAAGGACUUGAGAGAUUCUUUAUUUCUGAUACAAAUGAAAGACUCAACUUACUUCCUUCUCUUAGCUUAGAAUGCAGCUAUUCCAGUACUAGGAUUACGCUUGCAGGAGACAGCGAGUGGAUCCCAGACCGUAGCUUAAGUGCACAUGCUGAUAAUGCAAUUGCCUUGGGUGUUCUGCACAGUGCCCCAAAUCCAUCAUCGAGUAGAAUACAGCAAAAGAUGU